GGAGCGUGCAGGCUGCAGUUGUGUGAUGAGGUAGAAGCUGCUGCACCCGAAGAGACGAGCAGCCCGAGCCAGAGUCUGCAGAGAUGAACGGUGGAGUGGCCAUGGAGGCCACCAGGAGGCGAACUCAGCCUACUGCCAACGGGAAAACAUCUGGAGACAAGGAACAGCCUGCACAGUGGGGGAGAGCAUGGGAGGUGGACUGGUUUUCCCUGAGUUCCGUGAUCCUCCUCCUUUGCUUUGCCCCCUUCAUCGUGUUUUACUUUGUGAUGGCGUGUGAUCAGUACCAGUGCUCCAUCAGCCAGCCUCUGGUUGAUCUGUACAGGGGAGAGGCCACCUUGCUCUCCGUCUGGGCCCACUCACCUUCCUUCACCUGGACAGCUGCCAAGAUAUAUGCCAUCUGGGUGGCCUUCCAGGUGUUCCUGUACAUGUGUGUUCCCGAUGUCGUCCAUAAGUUUACUCCUGGCUAUGUUGGUGGAGUGCAGGAUGGAGCACGAACUCCUGCUGGCCUGAUCAACAAGUAUGAGAUCAAUGGGCUGCAGUGCUGGCUGAUCACUCAUGCCCUGUGGAUUGUCAAUGCCCACUAUCUCCAUUGGUUUUCUCCCACCAUCAUCUUUGACAACUGGAUCCCUCUGAUGUGGUGUACCAACAUACUGGGCUAUGCUGUUGCUACCUUUGCUUUCAUAAAGGCCCACUUCUUCCCCACCAACUCUCAGGACUGCAAGUUCACAGGGAACAUAUUCUACAACUACAUGAUGGGCAUCGAGUUCAACCCACGCAUCGGCCAGUGGUUUGACUUCAAGCUGUUCUUCAACGGCCGGCCCGGCAUCAUAGCCUGGACCCUCAUCAACCUGUCCUACAUGGCCAAGCAGCAAGAGCUGUAUGGCCAAGUCACCAACUCUAUGAUUCUGGUCAACGUACUGCAGGCCAUUUAUGUGUUGGAUUUCUUCUGGAACGAGGCGUGGUACCUGAAAACCAUUGACAUCUGCCAUGACCACUUUGGAUGGUAUCUGGGCUGGGGAGACUGUGUAUGGCUGCCAUACCUCUACACACUGCAGGGUCUGUACCUGGUGUACCACCCAGUCCAGCUUUCUAACACCCAUGCCCUGGCUGUUCUGCUGCUGGGCCUUGUCGGGUAUUACAUCUUCCGCUCCACCAACCAUCAAAAGGACCUGUUCCGCCGCACAGAGGGAACUAGCUCCAUCUGGGGCAGCAAGCCGACGUACAUCGAGUGCUCGUACCACUCCGCAGACGGUGGCGUCCACCACAGCAAGCUCCUGACCUCUGGCUUCUGGGGCGUGGCCCGGCACUUAAACUACACCGGCGACCUGAUGGGCUCUCUGGCCUACUGUGCUGCCUGUGGCUUUGGCCACAUUCUGCCCUACUUCUACAUCGUUUACAUGACCAUCCUGCUAGUGCACCGCUGUGUGCGCGACGAGCACCGCUGCAGCAGCAAGUACGGCAAGGACUGGAAACGUUACACAGAUGCUGUGCCUUAUCGGCUGAUUCCUGGAGUGUUUUAG